UUUUCUUCUAUAGUUUUAUUGGUUUGGUCGUGAGCAAAUUUACCCUUUCCUUUUUAUCUGUAUAGAGAGAGAGGAAAGAAAGAGAGAGAAAGAAAGAGCCAAGCCAAUCAAAGUUGAUCAGAAAAAAAAAAAAAAAAAGUUCCGAUUCUCUCACUCCGUCUCACACGACGGGUAACUUCAGUUCCUGCCGUCGCGCUACUAGAUCCCAACGUCGAUCAGUCAUGGCGACAGGGAAGACUCUUUCCACCGGCUCGAAUCGUUUCGAUUUCUCAUCCGCUGAUUCUCCUCCUUCGAUACUCUCUCUAUCUCCCGAUCAGCUCAACUACUGCCGUCAAGCUCUCGGCGUUUUCCGGGAAAAAAUCCAGAAUCCCGACUCGAUCGCUCAUGAAUUUGCCAAUCUACAGGCUAAUAGGUUGAGGCCAACGGAGAUGCUGCUAAGCUGUACACUAGCUAUGAACAAUGUCAAUAUUGAGAAGAACAGAUACAGAGAUGUUGUUCCAUUUGACAAUAACAGGAUUGUUCUGAAUCCAUGUAAAGACGAUAGAUCGUCUGCGGAAGGAUAUGUGAAUGCUAGCUUAAUCAAGACUUCGGAUUCUGAGAGUAUUUCUCAGUUCAUAGCUACGCAAGGUCCUCUACCACACACGAUGGAAGACUUCUGGGAGAUGGUAAUUCAGCAUCAUUGCCCAAUUAUUGUUAUGCUCACUCGAUUGGUUGACAAUUAUAAGACUGUUAAAUGCGGUGACUAUUUUCAAGCCGGAGAUGGACCUAGAGAAUUUGGCAACAUAUCUGUUAUGACAAAGUGGAUAAAGACUACCGACACUUCACUGAUGUUACGGAACCUUGAGGUUAAAUACAAGGAGACGGAGGAUCAGCCCAUGUCCGUUCUGCAUAUUCAGUAUCCAGAGUGGCCGGAUCAUGGAGUUCCCAAGGAUACUGUGGCUGUCCGUGAAAUUCUAAAAAGACUAUAUCAAGUACCGCCUAGUGUUGGCCCAAUCAUUGUGCACUGCAGCGCAGGUAUAGGAAGAACUGGAACAUACUGUGCGAUACAUAACACAAUCCAGAGAAUCCUUGCUGGCGAUAUGUCUGCGUUGGAUCUUGCUAAAACUGUGGCAACAUUCCGUAGUCAACGCAUAGGGAUGGUUCAAACCAUGGAUCAAUACUUGUUUUGCUACACUGCUAUUGUUGAUGAAUUAGAAGAUCUAACUUGAGGGACAAACGCUGGAACGAGUUCCUAAAGCUGAACGGUCUUCUGCUUACAAAGGGGUAAAGAGGAACAAAGAGCUUCUACUAAGCAAAUGUAUUAUUGUCGUCGUAAUGUGAUUCAUGAAAAACCGGUGUGGAUAAAGUCUUCUAGUGUUUCCUCUAAUAUCAAUUCUUAUUCAAGACUUUACAAUUUCUGUAAAUUCCCGGAUUUGAUAGGUUUUUUUUUUUUUUCUUUCUUACUCUUGUUGUGGAAAGGCUGAUUAAAAGAAGCAAAUGAAUUUGCUGAUGAUGCAAGAUUGUUGUUGUUUUUAAAAGACUA